AUGGCGGUCACCAUGGCAAAGGGGAAACCAGAGCAGGAAGGAGGAGCCUUGUCUGCAGGGCAGUCUGGUAGGGGGCUGGUGGGGCAGGAGGCUGACCUCACUCCUCUCCAGGCCUAUGGAAUUGUGUGGAAGGCCGUGGAUCGGAGGACUGGCGAGGUUGUGGCCAUCAAGAAAAUCUUUGAUGCCUUUAGGAAUAAGACAGAUGCCCAGAGAACGUUCCGGGAAAUCAUGCUGCUCCAAGAAUUUGGGGACCAUCCAAACAUCAUUAGGCUACUGGAUGUGAUCCAGGCGGAGAAUGACAGGGACAUAUACCUGGUGUUUGAGUCUAUGGACACGGAUCUGAAUGCCGUCAUCUGCAAGGGCACACUGCUGAAGGACAUCCACAAACGCUACAUCUUCUACCAGCUGCUGCGGGCCACCAUGUUCAUCCAUUCAGGACGCGUCAUCCACCGGGACCAGAAGCCAUCUAACGUUCUCCUGGAUGCCAGCUGCCUGGUGAAGCUCUGUGACUUUGGCCUCGCCCGCUCCCUCAGUGGCUUCCCUGAGGGGCCUGAGGGCCAGGCCCUGACAGAGUACGUGGCCACACGCUGGUACCGUGCUCCAGAGGUGCUGCUGUCCUCGAGCUGGUACACCCCCGGGGUGGACAUGUGGAGCCUCGGCUGCAUCCUGGGAGAGAUGCUGCGGGGAAGGCCCCUGUUCCCUGGCACUUCCACAUUCCACCAGAUGGAGCUGAUCCUCCAGACCAUCCCACCACCAUCUGAGGAGGACCUCCUGGCUCUUGGCUCAGGCUACAGUGCCUCAAUUCUGCACCACCUGGGGACCUGGCCACGGCAGACGCUGGACACCCUCCUGCCGGUGGACACGCCUCCAGAGGCCCUGGACCUCCUCAGCCGACUCUUGGUGUUUGCCCCGGACAAGCGGCUUAGCGCAGCCCAGGCACUGCAGCACCCCUACGUGCGGAGGUUCCACUGCCCGGCCCAUGAGUGGACACUACAGGCGGAUGUGCAGCUCCCAGUGCACGAAGGAGUCCAGCUCACAGCCGCUGAGUACCGGAGCCGCCUCUAUCAGAUGAUUCUGGAGCGUGGGGACAACAACCGCAUUCUGAGAGAGAAAGACCUGGGGGAUGUCCCAUCAGGGGCAGAGCCCAGCGCCCCCCUGCCCCAGGCGUGUGCACUCACACCCAGAGCCAUCCCCCAGCUACCCUCCCUCUGGCCUGCGCAGGAUCUUGGACACAGGCCUCAGAACAGCCCUGGCCACGAUCUCCCUCACGAUGCCCCCUGGGGAGCCAAGAAUGUCCCCAGGCAGAACUCCGCCCCCCUGCUCCCGUCUCCACCCCCUGGAGGUCCUGGGAGAGGGGAAAGGCUCCUCGGGGCAUCGUUGGAAUACCCCUCAGCACCCUCGCGGGUGCAGCCCCGGGGCCAGGGGGCGGGGCCUUCCCCGGCCCCGCAGGCCGCCGCCCGGGCUCAUAGUGGUUCCUAA